AUGAGGGGACAGAAAGAUUAUGCCCGCCGUCUAGGUCAGGUAAUGUUAUCAGGGAAGUCACCAGAGGACCCAUUCCCUCGGAUAGAGAUAUGUGAAUCGGAUGGUGGACGAGUAGUCACCCCGCAUGACGACCCCCUCGUGGUCGAGAUCAAAAUCUCCAACAUGAGAGUAAAGCGCAUCUUGAUAGAUACAGGAAGUUCAUCUGAUAUAAUGAGCAUGGAGUGCCUCAGCCGCCUAGCUCACGAUCCUAAAACCAUAGAAUGCAUACACUACCCUAUCAUUGGCUUUGGAGGAAGCAUCAAACAUCCAGUAGGCGUCAUCAACUUGCCGGUCCGGAUUGGAGAGCGUAAAGAUGGACGAAAGAUGGGGGUGGACUUCCUAAUCGUCAAAGAUUUAACGGCAUACAAUGUCAUUUUGGGACGUCCCACCCUGAACAGGAUUAAGGCAGUGGUCGUCACCCAUCUCAUGCUCCUGAAGUAUUUAUGUGACGAUGGGGCAAUAGGGACUAUACAUGGAGAUCAACAGCAAGCGAGAGACUGCUACCUCACCACUCUUAACCCGUCAGCAUGGAGGAAAGAUCCGACCGGGACAAAAGGCAAAAGGAAAUAUGAAGAGGAGCCACCCACUGCCAGCGAGAGUAUCCUAGUCAAGAUAGAGAAAAGUGGCUAA